AUGACCGCGAAUUUCAAAAACAAAACUGCCCUUUGCUAUCUCGAUGAAAACUUGAACAGCAACUCGUACAGCGAAAGUGAAAAAAUUUUCCUGAAGAACAACAUAAAUUGGAACAAAAUAAAUGUAUUAAAAUGUAACAAGAAGAAAAAUGAAGAGGGAAGCAGCUGCAGCAGCAGCGUCGGCAUCGUUAUGGAUAUGGGCAGUGGCAACAACAACGAGGGUAGCAUCAACUACAAAAGUCUGCAGAAGUUCAAAAGUAGCUGCUAUUCGGGGCGCGCAAGUCGAAAGGACAAGAGUGUUUUAAGCAAAAGGAAGUACAGCCACCUGUCUGAAGAGUAUGAGAAAAGGAAAAGAAAGCUCUCACCGUCGGAUCUGUUCGAGGACGACGGAGAUGGUGACGGUGAUGGGGAUGGGGAUGGCGGUGAUGAUGACCACAUCGAUGGCGCAGCGUCGCACGAAAUUCCAAGUGAAGACCACUUUAAAAACAAGUACGAUUUUGAGUUCGUCGAGAAUUACAAAAAUGUCUACCUGAAUAAAGGCGCCACCGGUGGUGGGGUAACCCAGGGGAAAAUGCCCCAGCAGCAGAUGCGGAAGAUGCAGAAGAUGCAACAGAUGCAGCAGAAUGAGGAUGAAGAGGAAGAAGAGGAAGAGGAGGAGGAGGAGGACGUGCUUGCCAACAGCCAAGUGAGCAAAGAUGGGAGCAGCGGCGCAGAGCGGGACGAGGACUUCCCGGACGCCGACGGAAGCGGGAGUGGCCAAGUGGAGGGGAAAUACCAAAAUGAUAAAAUCUACGGCACCUGCUUCGAAAAUGUCGAAAGUUCGUUCAUCCUAACGAGGAACAUGAAAAGGAGCUACAAAAAUUUUAUACAAAAUGAAAAGAAAAAAAAAAAAGGUCAAGCAGAGGGGUGUGCGAAAAAGUCUGCUGGAAAUGGCUAUACGGGUACGCUCGAGGGGAACAGGUUACUUUGCCCAAACGACAUGGGGUUGAACUGUGAUUUGGGAGAGGAGGAGGAAGACGAAAUGGAAGUGGAAGGGGAAGAGGAAGACGAAGACGAAAUGGAAGUGGAAAGGGAAGUGGCAGAGGAAGACGAAAUGGAGGGGGAAGAAUAUUUCAACAACACCCCGAAGAAUCUCCCCACUCGUGAGACCAACGAUUUGAAGGGAGUUCUUGACAUGCUUAACGGCUCACAUGAAAAUGCCGAAGAGGGGAAUAAACCCAGUGAUAGAAAAAAUGUGGAGGAACAAAGCAACGAAUUAGACGGUGAUUACAAUUACCCUUGCAAUGACGAGCGGAACGACCACUCGUUUGAGGGUGGUAGAUUAAACCAGCAACAGAACAGCAACAAUGACGGUGGCCAUAGCGGGGGAGAGGCCCACCCCACGGAUGGACAAUCAAAUUUAACAGAACCGGAAAGGGAAACACAGUUUUUUACGCCUUCCCAAACGGUCGACAAGAGGAAUCUCGUAAGUACGUUCAAAGAUGAUGAAGAGGAGGAGGACGACGAGGCGGAGGAGGGAGAAGCGCAGGAGGGCCAAGCGGAGGAGGACCAAGCGGAGGAAAACAAAGCGGAGGAAAACCAACUGGAGGAGGACCAAACAGAGGGACAAAUCAAUAAGAACAUUCCACCCAAAGGGAAUAAACCGAACAAGAGGCCUUACAAGAAAGGCAACAGAUCGGUACCAAAAGAAAAAAUAAAUGUGAAAGAAGAAAAAGAGAACGGACUGGAGGAAGAUCAAGAAACGCAUGACAGUGAUAGUGAAAGUCGGAAUGUUCUGAAAUCCUUGGACGAUUUGGAUCAUGUGCCGAUAAGCGGAAGUCAGGGGGAGAAGGGAAAUUUCGAAGAGUGCAAUGGCGCUGCGAUGGAGGAAAGGGGUUUCCCCGUCGUACAUAAGGAGAAGCAGGAGGUGGGGGAGAAUGCGAUGGGGGCCAGACAGAGGGAGGGCGCAUCACCAGGUUUGGCUGCCAAGCCGGCAGGUGCUGCUAUGAAACAGAAAGAUGCAGUUAUGAAGCCCGUAGGUACGAUUAACAAACCAGUAGGUGCUAUUAACAAACCUGUAGGCAGCAUUAACAAACCCGUAGGUGCCGCCAACAAACCUGUAGGUGCCGUCAACAAACAGAUAAGCAAAGCGGCGCCCGUAGAAAGGAAGAAAAAAGUAGUUCGCAAAAACUGCCUAAUCAAAGUGGAAGCGCCGAAAGAGAACAGCGAAGUUAAUGCGCCAGCCACAAUGGUUAGAGUUAAAGAGGAAAACUGCGAGGAUGACAUUAGGGUGGAGGGAAGGCCAGCAGACACUAACGCGAGCAAAAUGGACAAGCUGAGGGAAAAUUUUGGAGCCAUUCGGAUAAAGCUGGAGGUGGAGGAGAGCGGCGUGCGCAUAAAGACGGAGCCCAGGGAGAUCCCGCAGGUGGGUAAGCAUGGGGAGAGAGACCAUCAUGAGGAGAUAAACCAACUUGGGGAGAUAAACCAUCAUGAGGAGAUAAACCAACAUGGGGAGAUAAACCAGCAUGACGUCUCACCACCCUUGACGCAAAGCAUACCAACGAACGUGGCACAGAGGGGAGACGCCAACAAGUGUCCCAAAACAGUUGGCGAAAGGACUAGCAGCAGAACGAGCGGCAAGGCUAGCGACAGGAGCGGGAGGAGCGGCGCCCAAACAGGCGACAACGCGCAAGGUAAAAGGAGAAGCCUGUUUUAUGAAAAUAUGUCGAGCAAAAUUUCGAGAAUUUUCUUUUUCUCCUCCAAGAAGGUUAGCAGUAAUGAACCGGAUGGAAACUCGGACAGUGAACGGGAGAGUCAAAAUAGGAAAAGGGACAGUGGUGACAAUAAAGAGGGGAAUGGAGAGACGAACGAAAGUGAAGAGGGUGAGCAGAAGGAAGCGAACGAAUCGAAUGAUCCCAAUGGAGGACCUACAGGUCAGCCGCUCUACUCAACGGAACAACCACAAGAGGAGGGUGCCCAAAUGGUUAACACCGCUCAGUUGAAAGAUCUCGCGAGGGAAGGCGAUGGCGAUGGCGAUGGCGGCAACGUUGGAAAUGCCCCCAAUGAAGGAAAACCAGGUGAGGGAAAUGAAAAUUUGCAAACCUGUGAAAGCAGGGAUGGUGGCGAUGGUAACAACUUUGGUGAGCACACUGGUGAGCACAUUCGUGGGGGGGAGCUGACCAGCAAGGCGAAAAAGGCGAAGAAGAACCCCCUGGGGGCCAAGAAAGUUAGCCGCAGAAAAAUAACCAUAGUGAAGAAGGAACCCCUCGGCGCAGCCAACCUAUCGGAGAUUGAAACAAGGACGUGCAACUUGUGUAACUUCAUUUUUGCGAAUAGCAAAUUAAUGCAAAGACAUGUGAUGAGCGUCCACUCUGACGAAAGGCCAUACGAAUGCGAAGUGUGUCUCAAGCGGUACAAACGGGCGGAUCACUUGAAACUGCAUCGGAUAAGACACGACCUGAAUAGAGAGGAGAAUAAGUUCCAGUGCUCCAUCUGCCAGAUGUUUUUCAAAACGCCCAGGCAGCUGAACAAUUGCAAGUUGAAGCAUAUGAAGUGUUCCUUGGCUAAGGGGGCCGCGGUAGGUGCGGCAGCGGAGUCAGCGGAGUCUGCGGUAGGUGCACCUGCGGCAGAUGAGCAUUUCCAUGGUAGCCAGAUGGAAGGCGCGGUCGACGAGGUAGGGAACCAUUGGGAGGGUCACCCGCAACAGGGGGAAAACGACACGAGUGGUAAGACAAUGCAAAGCGGUGAAGACCAUGCAGAGGGAGAGAGGCACACUGGUGGAAGCGAGAGCGGCACGUGGAGCGGCGAUGCUGUCCCGGAGCAGGCGGGCACUGAGCUCAGCGCGCAGCGGGAAGUCGAAGCGGAAGAGCAGCAGAUGGACGCGGAUGAGCAGCAAAUGGACGUAGAUCAGCAGCAGAUGGACGCGGAUGAACAGCAAAUGGACGCAGAUGAACAACAAAUGGACGCCUCACAGCGGUGGGAACUGAAGAAGGAGAACUGCAGCCCAAGUAGCAUUUCCGUCGAAAUUCGAACGUGCAACGUGUGCAGCAUGAUUUUUGCAAAUAAAAAAUUAAUGAAGAGGCAUCUGAUGAGUGUGCAUUCAGAAUCAAGGCCAUACAAAUGUCACCUGUGCAUAAAGACAUACAAACGCUCGGAUCAUUUAAAGAAGCAUAUUUUAACCCAUAAAGAUAAUAAAGAGAAAAUAAAAUACACUUGUUCCAUUUGCCAGUCCAGUUUUGAUACCCCCAAAGAGUUGAGAUCGCAUAAGAUAAGGCACUACACAUGUCCAUAUGAAAAUUGCUCCUACUCCUAUUCGACGAUCUCUAAAAUGAAGUACCAUUUGAAUAAGCACAAAUGUAACCUAUUCUAUUCCUGCCCCGUGUGUGCCAAGAAAUUUCUCAUUUAUAAAGAGUUUAUACAGCACAAGAGGAGCUGCUUUAAGAAGAAGUACGUCUGCCUGCAGUGUAACAAAAUUUAUUUGCAUGUGAAUGGAUACAAUAAGCAUGUGCGGAAGGUCCAUUUGAAUAUCAUUCAGAACUACAAGUGUACGGUGAACAACUGCAGCAAGGAAUUCUCAUCUGAAUUCAGCUUGAAGGAGCACAUAAUUAAUUUCCACCACCGGGUCAAGCGCUUCUUCUGCUCCAAGUGCAACAUGUCCUUCGGCUACAGGAGCUCCUUUCGCCGCCACAACAUUAAUAUACACCCGUGA